UCACUUGCCUCAAUUAUUGCACGUAAUCUUUCUAUUUACUAUUACAAAAUAAAUCAUUUAUUUGAAUUAAAUAAAGCAAUAACACUAGAAAUGUAAGCUGCUAUCAAAAAGGUAAAAUGCUACGGUUUUCUGAGAAUUACUAAACAGUUGUGUACAGUGACAGUUUUAGUUCGAAUGGCGAUUUACCCCAUCAAAAUACCAGGAAAUGCAGUGAUUCAACAUCGCGGCUUUGCCUAAUCGAUGAUGUUUAUCGAAUUUAUUUGCAGGCGGCAAUAAUGCUUCACUCAGUGUGUGUUGGACGUUCGCAAAUAAUGAUUUAGGAUGAUCGUAAUCACAAUAUUUACAUAGAGUGUCAAAAAAAUCUAAACAAUGGUUCCUGCUCCGAGCUGUCCCAAUACAUGGGACUAUUGGACGGCCACGCCGUCAGACUAUGUGGAGCUGACGUGCCUGAUGCCCAACUCCAUAUAUCUCCCACUCACUGUGAGUUGGGAUGCAACACUACAGGAUGUAAAAGAGGAGCUAUGGGAUCUUGCAGCCAAACUACCUCUAUUUGGUAUGCUGCAUGAGAUGUCUGGAUAUGUAUUCCAAUUUAUAAACUCAUUGGCUGUACCAGAAGAGGUUGAUGAUGAGAAUAAGCGUGUGAGAGACAUCAGACCGGUGUUCGGAGUGCUGAUCAUAAUAGAAAGAUCUAUAGAGAGGCCGGGGGAGCAUUUACUGAACAACCAAAUUAGUCAUUUAAUUGGAAAAGGUUUAAAUGAAUUUGACAGUUUACGGAGUUCAGAGGUGAAUGACUUUCGUGUGAGAAUGAGGUAUUUAGCAGAGGAGAGUUUGAUAAAGCGCAUGCAGAGCACUAGACUGGAAAAGCUACGUUACCACUGCCCACCGAGACUUGCCGAUCGUCCCACUGUACCCAAGACACUUAUUAGUCAUCUAAAUAAUAAUAAUAAUUUUAUAUUAAAUACUAAAGUUCCAAAUACUGAGUUUACAUUCUCGUCAAACGUGCACGUGAAUAUAACGCCGCAGCAGCACAUCGAGACUAUUCUACGGAAGAAAGCCAACUCGCUGAACAUGCGCGGGGAAAACCCUCGCAACUAUGUGCUCAAAGUGUGCGGCAGGGAGGAAUACUUGCUGGGCGACCAUCCUCUAAUACAGUACCUAUAUAUCCAGGAGAUACUGGCUAAGGAUCUAGUCCCGCAAGUCAUGACUGUCAGCAUGGAUAAAGUAUCACUAACCAGCGAAACUCAAAACUACCUAUUACCUGAGAGAAGAAGACUUACAUCAGAACAGUCAAAUACUAUAAGAAAGAAGAAGAAUAACGAGUCGUCAUGGAAUAUAGAGAAGAAUUACUCAUGUACAGUUCGAACUGUGGGUGGACUGAACGUGGAUCCAGGAAGACUGGUUGAGGUGGUCUGUCAGGCCGGUAUCUACCAUGGGGGCAAAUCACUAUGUGAGCCGCAAAAAACAAAAGUCACCACUGUGUCUAAAGAAGGCGAGGCACAGUGGGACGAGGAGCUAACGUUUCCCAUCAAAGUGUGUAACGUGCCGCGAAUGGCACGACUCUGUUUCGUUAUAUACGAGAUAUCUAAAGCCAAGAACAAGAGAAGAGGGAAGGAUAGUAAGGAUGCAAUAAACCGUCUAGCGUGGGCGAACACCAUGAUAUUCGACUACAAGGAGCAGUUGCGUACGGACGGUGUCACUCUAUUCAUGUGGACGCACGUCGCGGAUGGCACGCAGGGCGACGACUUGCUGCUACAUCCGUUAGGAACGGUCGUCUCUAACCCCAACUCGGAUGAGUGUGCGGCGCUGCAAGUGCGGUUUUCAAACUAUGACUGUCAGUACCCGAUCCUAUUUCCAAACCAAGAGCUAGUGAAGGCUUACGGCGAGCAGCUAGAGAACGGGACAUCGGAAGCCAUGUCGCGACUCAGCGAGGACUUUGAGAAACUGUGCAUCACUGCGGAGAAGGACCCCAUGUAUGAGAUGCACGAACAGGAGAAGAAGGAUAUAUGGGCUUCCAGAGAAUUCUUCCGCACGCGCGCCCCCCACCUGCUACCCAAACUACUCUCGUGCGUGGAGUGGACGGAGCGCGCGGACGCGGCGCGCGUCGCCCGCACGCUCGCGCUGUGGCCACGCCUACGUGUGGAGGCGGCGCUCGAGCUCCUCGACUACGCGUACGCCGACGCCGCAGUGAGAAGCUUCGCAGUAGACUGUCUGUCUACUAUCAGUGACGAGGACCUCCUACUAUAUUUGCUGCAGCUAGUCCAGGCGUUGAAACACGAGUCCUACCUCAUGUGUGAUCUCUCCGUGUUCCUGCUGCAACGCGCAUUCAACAACAUGACCAUCGGACACUACCUGUUCUGGCAUCUCAGGUCGGAGAUGCACGUGCCGUCAGUGUCGGUGCGUUUCGGUCUGGUGCUGGAGGCGUACUGCCGCGGCUGCCAGGACCACAUCACCAGCCUCAUGCGACAGAUCACCUGUCUCGACAAACUCAAGUGGGCGAGUCAAUGCGUGCGCAAGAAGAAGGAGAUAUCGAAGGCGCGCGCGGCGCUGCAACAGCAUUUACAGGAGCAGCACUGCGUUGAGACGUUAAGAGACUUCGCCUCGCCACUCAUACCCAGCCUGCUCUGUAAACGUAUCAAACCGGAGCGGUGUAGAGUGAUGGACAGCAAGAUGCGGCCCCUACUGUUGGAGUUCGAGAAUGUAGACCCGACCGGCUCUGACAUCCGCAUCAUACUGAAGAUAGGAGAUGAUCUGAGACAGGAUAUGUUCACGUUGCAGAUGCUUAGAAUCAUGGAUAGACUGUGGAAGAACGCUGGAUAUGACUUUAGACUGAACCCGUACAACUGCAUAUCUAUGGAGUACGCCGUGGGCAUGAUCGAGGUUGUGGACGACGCGGAGACGGUCGCCAACAUACAGAAGCAGAGCGCGCUCUUCAACGCCGCAUCCACUAUAUCGAAGGCCAAUUUGUUCCAAUGGCUGCGCAAACAGAACCCGGGUGAGGACGCGUUCAACAAAGCGGUGGAGGAGUUCACAAUGAGCUGUGCGGGCUACUGCGUCGCUACCUACGUGUUGGGUAUAGCGGACAGACAUCCCGACAAUAUCAUGGUCAAGAAGACUGGUCAGCUAUUCCACAUAGACUUCGGUCAUUUCCUCGGCCACUUCAAGCAGAAGUACGGGUUUAAGCGCGAGCGCGUGCCGUUUGUUCUGACCCACGACUUCAUACACGUCAUCAAUAAAGGUCAACGCGGCGGCGUCAGCGAGCAGCUCGACUUUAAGAUCUUCCGAGAGCUGUGCGAGACGGCAUUCAAGAUACUCCGCAAGCACGGGCACCUGAUACUGUCGCUGUUCUCCAUGAUGAUCUCCACCGGCCUGCCCGAGCUCAGCUCCGAGAAGGACCUGCAGUAUCUCAGGGAGACCUUGGUAAUGGAUUUAUCAGAGGAGAAAGCAAUGGAGCACUUUCGUCUCAAAUUUAUUGAGGCAGUGAAGAAUUCUUGGACGGCGUCGUUCAACUGGGCUCUCCAUAACUUCGAUAAGAAUAACUGACAGUGACCGAGCCGGCGGCUGCGGAGGCAGCCGUCCAAACACACGCCGCAGACCCUGUAAGACGUAGUGGAAUUCAGAUAAAGAUACAUGGCGGUCGUAUAUUGUUCUCGCUAGUAUGCUAUAUGUGUGAGGGAGCAAGCAUGACGGUGUAAUGUUUACUUGUUGGCUUCCUCGCGCAUAAAAGGAAGAAAGCACGAUGUCAUAACGUUUUCUCGCUCGUUAUUAUAAGUUUGGGAGAUGUAACGUUCGCUUUAUGAGCGAGUAAGAGUGACUUCCAACCGCUAUUGAUGUAUUUUCUUUAUCUGAAUGAGUCACUUCGCUUCCGGUGUAUCUUCCAAAAGUUGGGAUUUUCAAUUACAUGCGAAACUUGAAGUUGGUGCCUCGUUGUUUACAUGUUUAAGUAACAUUAAUUAGCGUAUUUAAGUGCUAAAGUAAAUAACUGUGUACCAUUAAAAUGUAAUUGAAAUGUACGCAAAGUGCGUAUGCGUAUACGUGCAGCGUGCGUGCGUAGAAGGUGUAGUGUGAAGUAGCGAAAUGUGACAGUGACCGUUUGUUGAAUUUCUCACUGGUUUAAUAUGAAACGUUUAACGUUCUUGCGAUCAUGUUGUAAAAUUAUGUAUCAAUUUAUAUAGAGGAAAUUCCAAAUUAUACAUUUAUAGCUUAUUCGACAUGUUUAUUCACUAUAUUUAUUAGAAAAAUAUAAUAACGUAUAUCUAUUAAAUCCAUAUGAAAUCAUAAUUAACAAUAUAGUUGUAGGACCGGUUGUAGAUUCUAAAACGUCAUUUAUUGCAACUGUAUGCCUCACGUAGACGGGCGGAUAGAAACUUAGGAGUAAUUUCGUUGCUAGGUCACUGAACGAGCUAGGUAGUGAAUGGGGCUCGCGUUGAGUAUUCGUCAUCGUUGGGCGGCGGCGGCCGUCGGCUGUGAUAUCGCGAGGCGCGACCAUGUUCUGUCACUUGCUUUGUUUCAUAUUCAAUGUCAUAAUAGACUGUUUGCACACUGACGCAAACCGCAGAAAAGGGUUUAAAAAACAGUAUCCAGGGGCCCUAAAACGAAACCGUAUUGAGACUCAAAUGAACGAAUUGGAAUGCCCCGUCCCACUCUAACAAACGUGAAAUUACGUUGUUAGAAUGAAACGCGGCAUUCCGAUUCGAUCGUUUGUGUCUCAAAACGGUUUCAUUGUAGGCCUCCUGAUUCAGG